ACCACAACUAUCCAUGCCUUCCCAGGAUUUCUUCAUUAGAAUAAGUUCUAAAUAUUACUGAUUGAGUCAACUGUUUAUAGGACCAAAAUAUCACUAAUUCUUACUCAUUAAACCUUAUUCCUGUAAAAUAGUCUAAAUUGAAUUUGAUGUAAGGGCUUAAGCGACUUACUACCAACUGUAAGCAUGUCUUUCUUCGUCCGUAGUUGUAUAAGGAGAAUUUCAGUUCAAACAUCCAAAGGAAUUCAUUUUUCUUGUGUCCACAGAGAUUUAAUGAAAUCAAAAACCCUGCAGAAGAUGAUUAACAAAGGAGGGAAACGAAAGAAAACCAUUCAUUAUUCAAUGAACAUUCCAAACGUUUUUGGGCCUGCUAAGAAAAAAAUUAAUCCUGUCAGGCAGAAACGAUUGGAACAGAUCAGCAAAGUGUUUUAUCACUAUAUUUCAGAUCUUAUUGAAUUUGACCAUGAAAAUAUCAAUGAAAAUGUUGAAAUCUCUAAAGUGAAGAUUGAUAAUGACUUUACAGCUGUGACUGUUUACUGGGUGGCAACAGGAACAGAAAAAGAUGAUAUUAUUCAGGAUAUGCUGACCAAGAAAUCUUAUUCCAUAAGACAACGUCUGAUUGAUUACCAUUUAGUUGGUACCGUCCCACCAAUUGUAUUUGUGCCUGAUACGUCCAGUGUAAACUACGAAAAGAUACUGAAACUGUUAAAAGAGGCCGAUAUGGGUACUGAUUUUAAAUCAACUUCAGACUGUGAUUUCCUCAAGUCUGAACCAAAAGUGAUACUCAAAGAUACACAGAAGCCUUUGCAAAAUCAAAUUGAUGACAAUGAUUUAGAAGUUAAAUAUGACUCAAAUACAGCUACUACAGAAAAGACUCCUGUGUCAGAUUCCAGUGAAGACUCUGAUGAAAUUUCUUCUAGCAUUACAACUCAAUUUACAUAUCAAGUCUAUGACUUGAAUUAUACUAGACUCAUCAACAAGGUGAAAGGUCAAACUGAACCUUCAAAAUUUGCUUUUGUUGAAAAUGACAUCAAAAAGGCUAAGAUUCCAGAUGAAAAAUUUCUAAAGGACCUCCUCAGGCAAAAAAAUACUAGUGACAAAAAACAUUCAGAAUAUACUGUUGAUCAGUACAUGAGGGAACAUAGUGAGGAGAAUGAGACAGACUGAACAAAAGAUACUUGUGAGUUGAUCUAACAAAUAAUUAGUUUUGCACUGGGUAUUAAAUAAUCAGAUAUUAGAUAACAGUAUGUGGUGUUACUUAUCUGGUUAUUUAUUGCCAGUGAAAAACCUACUGGUUAGCUUGUCUGAAAUGGAUCUAUAAUACUGUAUACUUUGAUUGAUAUAACCACUCUAUUGAGAACUAUGAUAUACACGUGCCUACAUAUAUGUAUGUUUGUGUACAUGUGUGUGUAUACAUGUUUGUGUGUGUGUGUACAUAUAUGUUGAGAAGAUUCACAUGUAUCUAUUCUCACACAUCUAAGUACUCAGCUCUGGGGUCAAUGUAACUGAUGUACCCCUUUCCCCAAAACUGCUGGCCUUGUGCCAAAAUAUGAAACCAUUAUUAUGAAUGGUGAAGAAAACAGUUACAUAACUUUUUAUUUAUUUCACAUGUAUAUAAUUUGAUAAAUCAAAUUUUUGAAUUAUAAAUAUCUUUAUUUUUAUCCUUUGAUUUUACUUACAUAUAUAAAAAAAUGAACUAGU